AUGCCGCAAUUGUUGAUUGGGGCUGCAUCUGGUCUCACCGUGCCAAACACCUACGCCGUGGCUGACAUUGCGAGCACUCUUGCAACAGCCACAGACAACACAGUGGUUACCUUUGCGGCCGGUACAUGGACUGGCUGCGCCGACUCGAUCGAGUUUCCUGCAGGGGUGGCCAAUGUUACGCUCCGUGGCGCCGGGCGCGGCUCGUCGCGAAUCAACUGCUACGGUUCGAACGCGCGUGCGUUUGCGCUCUCGGCAUUGGCUCCAGGCGCGCGGCUCGAGGGAUUUACUCUCUAUGGAGGGUCGGGCAUGGGGCUCGGCUCGUCGCGCGAUGGCGGGUGCCUGAUUAAGACCUCAACCAGCGAUCUGACGCUCAAGGAGCUGCACAUCUUCCAAUGCCGGGUAGGCGGGAGCGGGACGUUUCGCGGCGGAGCGAUGCACAUCGGCGGCGGGAGCGUGGUGCUCGAGAACACAUGGAUCACCGAGUCGACCGCGGGCAACUAUGGCGGUGGGAUCUCCAUCGAUGGCGGUGCCUCGGUGGUGGUCGCCGACACCUCGUCGAUUUCAACUUCGACCGCAUACGGAUCUGGCGGUGGCGUGUAUGUGGCGCCUGGCUCGAUCGGCUCGUUGUUUGCCAUAUCGUAUGGCGCUAUGGAAGACAACUCUGCUGCAGGCAGCGGUGGGGCGAUCUUUGCUAGCGCCGGUGAUGUGGAUAUUAGAAACUGCCUCGUGGCGGACGCGACCGCGAACAGCGGCAGCGGCGGCGGAGUGGCCGUGGCUGGCAUGGGGACCUCGUUGAGCAUGAUCGACAUGCAGAUGACGCGAUGCAGCGCCGGUAGCGACGGUGGCGGCGUGGCUGCCACCGGCGGAGCACGAGUCACGUUGGGCUUUGAAGCGAAGCUCGACGUCAACACCGCCAGCGGAUCCGGCGGCGGGCUUUCAUGCGCCGGGACUGACUCGGUCUGUGUCGUCAGCCCCCGUGCUGCUGUUCAGGGCAAUGUUGCGUCUGGGGGCGGUGGCGGUAUUAUGGUCGAGCCAGGGGCCCGACUCGAGAUGUAUGACGCGCUCGUGGCGAGCAAUGCAGCGAGCGGAAGCGGCGGUGGCAUCGGGGUGGCUCUGGGCGCGAGCGCUUUGCUCGAUGGCGUGACCAAUGUGACGAGCAACAUGGCCGGGGCCAACGGUGGCGGGAUACAUGUGGCCGGAAGCGCCGAGCUGCGCGAGGCGCGUUUGAUGGACAACAUGGCGACAGACGGCGCUGGAGUGUGGAUCGGCACCGGCGGGAGCGUCAACGGCACCAGAUGGGCUGCCUCGCGCAAUACGGCGAGCUCGCGCGGAGCGGUGUUUCUCUCUACCUCGCCCGGGCCUGUCGAUCUGUCGGGCGGCCACGUGUGCGGCAACAUGGGGCCGGUGGCGCGGAUGGGACUCAACCUAUGGUGCGACGAUCCGACCGGAGCAGCGAGUCUAUCGCUGACGGCAGGCGGGUGUGGAAACACAUAUGUGAUCUGA